AUGGUAACAAGAACCGUCGAUCUCCGAUCCGACACCGUCACCAAGCCUUGCACGGCAAUGAGAGCUGCCAUGGCGAAAGCCGAGGUCGACGACGACGUUUUGGGGAACGACCCGACCGCCCUGAGGCUGGAGGCCGAGAUGGCGAGAAUCACGGGGAAGGAAGCCGCGCUGUUCGUCCCCUCGGGCACCAUGGGCAACCUCAUCAGCGUGCUGGUCCACUGCGACACCAGGGGCAGUGAGGUCGGCAUCCUUUGCUCCGCCGCAUUGCUGGCGGUGCAAAACAAUGCGGCGAAGCUGGAGAACGAUCACAAGAAUGCCAAGACACUAGCCGUUGGGCUUAAUGAAAUCAAAGGACUGAAAGUGAAUGUUGCCACGGUAGAAACAAACAUCAUUUAUGUCCAUUUAGAGGAGAGCUCCUGCCUCACAGCAGAAAAGCUGUACAAGAAGUUGCAGCAACAUGGUGUGGUUGUGGUGAUGUUAGGAGGUCCGUACAGCAUAAGGAUUGUAAUUCACCAUCAGAUCUCGGAAAGUGAUGUGCAGUACACGAUUUCGUGCUUUAAGCAAGUUCUAAAUGCCGACGUGCACAAGAGGAAACGUAAAAGAAACCAUCGGCGUCACCCCGUUUAA